AUGCAGGGAAUCAAUGGUUCAUCUGGGCUAGCACUCAGUGUGGACAACACAUUCAUCGCCUUUUCAGAGUUUUUCAAUGAUAGGAUUCUAAAGUUCCAUCUCAUAGGUCUGGAUGCGAAUACAACCGAGGUUCUCUUAAACUUCACUGAAAACCCGACUAAAAUCAAGAGGACAAUAUUGGGAGAUUUCUGGGUGGCGGAAGACAUUGGAGAUGAAGAGAAUGAACCAGUUACUAAACCACAAGGGAUAAGGUUCAAUGCGUUCGGUGGAGUGCUCGAAACAAAGGAUUUUUCUGCCCAAUAUGACCAUGCUAGUCUCCACACUAUUAUAGAGCAUAAUGGAGCAUUAUAUACAGGGUCUCGGUCUACCACAAUUGAUUUCAUUGGUAUAUAUACACAACAACCGACGAACUAUCAUGUGGCAUCAAAAUAA